UCUGCCUCCAGAGGUCAUUCUCACUACAGUUGCCACUUGUUGCCAAAGCAGCUCGGGGCUCCACCAUUCAACACCAAACUAAUUUCAAGUAUUUAUUCAGCCCGCUAUCGAGACCUACAUAUCUGGAUGUUGAAUGCGGAACGUCACCAGGACUGAAGGAAGACUCUUGUGAUCCGCUUGAUAAUAUUUCGGCUCAUCUGACGGACAGAAGCAUGGUUGAUAACGCAAGUAUAGCAACUAAAUCUGCUUUGCAAGGCUCCUUCUCGUCCGCCAGCAGCCUGCCCCUCCAGGCUCCCUCCGCCUCCACGCAUAGCCCGUUCCCCGGCGCACAGUCCCACCAGCCCGCCAGUGGAGGCAUGAAGCUCGAAGCGGUCAUGGAGAACCUACAGCGGCAGCAGGCGGCGCGGCUGGCCCUGGAGGAGAAGCUCCGGCAGGCGGAGACGGAGAAAGACCUCCGCUCCAUGGUGGAGUCCCAGAUCCACCAACAAGCCCUGGCGUUCCGCCACUACCAGGCGGCGAUGCGGGGCGCCCUGGCCGCCGGGGUGGCCAACUCGUCCCACGGAGUAACGCUGCCACACAUGGAGGUCCGCAGAGCCGACGAGGACGGGAACUCCUCCAGCAGACCGGGCAGCGACGACAAGGAGCGGGACGAGGAGGGAGAUGACCUGGACGAGCAGGAGAUCCUGGAUGAAGAGGAGGAGGGCGAAGACGAGGUCGAGUUGAACCACUUCCAGCACCGGCAGGUCUCGCUCCAGGCGGCCUGUCUGCCCCUGAAGAGCGCCCCGAUGCAUCUCAUGGCCCGGGUCCCGGCGGCCUUCGCCCCGGCCCGGCGCGCGGAGUCCCCGUCGGCGCAGCCUCAGCCCCAGCACCACGACUGGACCUAUGAGGAGCAAUUCAAACAGUUGUAUGAGUUGGAUGAUGAUGAAAAGCGCAAAGAGUUCCUUGAUGACCUUUUCAGUUUCAUGCAGAAACGGGGGACUCCAGUGAAUCGGAUUCCUAUCAUGGCCAAGCAGGUGUUGGAUCUCUACAUGCUCUACAAGCUUGUCACAGAAAAAGGCGGCUUAGUGGAAGUCAUCAAUAAGAAAAUAUGGCGUGAGAUCACCAAAGGCCUUAACCUCCCUACCUCCAUUACCAGUGCAGCUUUCACUCUGCGAACACAGUAUAUGAAGUACCUCUACCCGUAUGAAUGUGAAAAGCGUGGACUGAGCUCCCCUGGUGAGCUCCAGGCAGCUAUCGACAGCAACCGGCGGGAAGGCCGUCGGCAGAGCUACGGCUCCGCCAUCUUCAACUACUCUCCUGUGGGCACGCCCACCCUGCUGUCCUCACCAAAGAUGCACAUGUCCCACCUGUCUCUGCCUACUCACAACAGCAGCCAAAUGUCCCAGGUGCCUGUCAUCAAGAAAGAGGAGCCCAUGAUGGCCAGCUGCCUGCCCAGCCGGGUGGCCCUCCCGAUGUCCCCCAGCGGCCAUCACGCCGCAGCCAUGGCGGCCCAGGCGGCCGCGGCUCAGGCGGCGGCGGCCGUCCAGGCGGCGGCCCUGGAGCAGCUCAGAGAGAAGCUGGAGAGCGGUGAACCACCAGAGAAGAAGAUGAUGAUGGUGACGGAGGAGCAGCAGCGGAUGGUGCAGCACGCUCUGCAGCAGAACCUGCUGGCCAUGGCCACACAGCUGCCCCUCAACAUCAAACUCAACAACAGAGAUGAUAGACAAGAGACCGCAUUGAACCUGUCUACCAACGGCAUUAGCAGCAUCAACAUGUCAAUAGAAAUAAAUGGAGUUGUCUACACAGGCGUCCUGUUUGCUCGGCAGUCGGCCAUAGCAGCAAUGACGGGACACCAUGGGAGACACAACAACUGUCAGACUCAGGGAAAGACCAGUCCCACACAGUUCCAGCCCUCCUGCUCCUCCUCCUCGUCCUCGUCCUCCUCCUCUUCCUCUCUCCACGGACACAGAAACUCUUCUCCCUGAGUUUCCUGUCCCUCCUCCCCUUCUCCUCCCGCCCCACCAGGGAGGAGGUCCAUUGUCUUCUCAAAAACACCAAGCAGAUGGGGACAUCUCGAUCAGAUACCUUAUAGGUCAGCUAACAGCAGAUUGAAAACAUAAUCGCAGGCAAGAAAUCUUCCAGUCCCUCCUUUUCCCCACUCCUGCUCUCCAUUAGCAGUGUGUUUCCAGCACAUUUAACCUCUGUGUGUUAACAUUGUUUUCACUGUUCUGUGAGGAACACUUUAAAAAACAUAACCACCCAUCAGCUGAAGGUGCAACCUGGAUGAAGCCAAAUGAACACUCCCUCUCGUGCACCAUUUCAAUCAAAAGACGAGGCAGCUGAACAGCAAACCUUCAGCAAGCUGCUGACGAUGUUUGUGGGCUUUAGGACUGACCUCAGAACCUCACUGCUUACAGCUGAUACCAAAGAAGAAAAUCAAUCCAUAGUGGUUCAACAGGUCCAGCAGUGAGCCUCGGCACCAAUGAUCAAACCCGAAGACUAGAGCUAGAAUACAAACAUAGCAAGCACAUGUGAAAUGAUCAUGUAUUGUGUAGAAAGGCUGCCCAGCCUGCUCACCACUAUGUUCUUCAUGUCCCAACAACAAGGCUAGAAAGACUGAUGUAUGUGUUGGUAGAAGUGAGAGUGAAAAGUCUAAUAUGUGGAUUUCUUGUGUGCAGUUUACUGAUUUAGUAACUGAGUGUUUCUCUUAAUACAGUCAGCUCAGUCUACAGACAAUCAGGCUAUUGGAAGCAAGCACGUGGCCACAUAGCUGUAUACACUAACAGACCCAUAUAGUGAAAUAUUACCUUCUACAGGUAUGUUAUCAGGAUUAGAUUCAGUUGUUAGGAGGCAUUCAGUCAGCAAGUAUUACAGUGGAAUAGGCCUGCUGUGUGUCAGCUAGUUUGCAUUGAAUUAACUGAGCACAUUUGGGGUUUUUUGAGAGAAAAAAC